CACUUUGCCAUGCCACAUCAUUCUAAAGUACCAGGCACCGCGGAGCGUUGAGAAAAGUGGGGUGGUCUAAGAAAGUGGGGGGGGGGGCUAAAACCGUAUAAAAAGAGGCUUUUCUGGCAGUUUGAUUCUUAAUAUUUGGCAUUUUUAUUAUUUGGCAUCUUAAUAUUUGGCUAAAGCCCCCCCCAGCCCUCCCUGCUCCGCGGUGCCCGAGUACCUCAGUGAAGUGAGAAGUCAUGCGAGUAGGGUCGAUGAGAACGGUCUUGCUUUUAGUACAAUGUGUUUUGCAUUUUACGGGCUACGUUAUGAAUUGAAGAUAUACGAAAACAGAACCAAGGUGCACAUACUGUGUGUUUAUCAAGUUUCAGUAAGCUUUUGCGUUUUCAGUAUUGCGUUAACAAGUUAAAUCGUCUGGCACGUGGCGAAGUAGGCCCACCACACCUUGAAUUCCUGAUGCCAUUUAAACCUGCAAGUCAAGCUCUUGUCAUGAUGGGAAUACAAUCAGGAAGGUUAUUAAUGAUGCUGUUGCAAACCCUCUCUGGAAAGACUACAUAAAUGACAAGCAGGAGAAUCGAUGUUGCAACGGAGCCUCUGUAGCAAGAAUUAUCGGCGCCGAGAUGGAGUUGUUGGGCAUUCCCUGAUUAUGAAACUUGCAUCGUGGAAGUACUUCUCUGCUGCAUUUAAGGCCGUUCUGGUCCUAUGAACCCUACCGACGAUCCUGCGACGCUGCGCAAUCCUUGGGGAAGUUGUUGUAGCCUCGGUUCCAGCUUUUCAGCCAAGGAACACGGCGGGAAUGAACACCAUGUUGGAUUGCACGACUCGGCCAUGGACGAAGGUCGAGAUUGCAGUUUCAUUCCCUUGUUCUUAUCAACCAAUCUUGGACACAUCUAUUUACAAUCAGCUUAAACGCAAGCUGCUAUAAAGUACGAAGAAUGCUGUUCUGGGAGGAAUUCAAAAGAGGGCGGUUGCAACACGAACUGGCAUCAUCAUGAAGAAAAUCUCAGCAAUUUCGUUGCGCAUGGACCGAUUUGGGCAAGGAAUUCAUAGAUUUUUCAAGUUAAUUGAUCUCCCACCAACCAUGCCUGUUCUUCUGCAACGUUGGCUCCGACAAAAGGCAACACGAAACUCAGAAAGCCGAUUAAACUUCAGGGAAAUUGAUAACUGGAGUUCCUGGAUAAGCGAUGUUUACAGAAGAUCUAGAAUCGAUCUUGAAAAGCUAGACAUUAAAUUGGAUAUGCCAGAUCUUGGGCUGUUUCUGUCUGCUCCUUUCAGUGAUUCAGCCGGCCUUAAAAGCUGGGCUGAAGACCUUUGGUUGCAUCACUUUCUGCCACAAGUCGAGAGUUCUGUGGAGGAGCUGGUUGCCGAGGCAACCAAUACUCAGCAGGACUUAUUGAUCCAAGUCGCUCUGAACGCAUUCUUAAAAGGAGCUUUUUUGCCGGGCUGCCCAUGCAAAUUAGAUAUCGGUUAAGUGAGGACUAAAUUUUUAGAUAUUUUAAUCGACUCUGCUAGACCUAAUGCUGUCUGACCAGGAGGAAUGUACUCAUAUUCCAGAGAUUUUGUCGGUGGUCGAAACAGGGAGAUUUGAUGCUUUCAUCAAAAGGAGGGACUUGAAAAUUUUAUAGAAGAAAUGACCUGUCGUUCUCUGAUUUCCCUGGUGCAAAUCAAGUCCUGUUUCGGAUGCCAACACUCUUGUUGUUCAUGUGUGUAACACCUUUUGCAAUUAGAUAUUACUUUCACAAAGUUUUUAAAGAGGUCGGAAGUUUGUCAUAAUGUGCAGGCCUUAAAGGGGGCGUAUUUUCGUCAAAAUUUUCGUCGCAGAGGCAACAUCUUUUACCUUGUUACCUAGCAGUCCAGCCAUAUGAUACUCUGGGUACCAGAUCCUCAAUAAACCGGGGAUAAAGUAUUGUAGACCGCUUCGGUGGCAAAGAAGGAAGCUCAAAUGAUUAUUGUUGUUUCCUAAGUGCUUCCAACGGAGGAACUGUAUCCCCCCUAGCCCUCCCCUGGCGCCACCACUGAUUACACCUUUUAAAUACCAAGCUAGGGUCUAUUUUC